UGAAAUUAUUUCCCAGCUGGAUGCUUAUGUUUGUGAAGGGAUCAUCACCAGCAGCCACGGCAACAGCGAUGCCCUCUGAUCAGUACACUGCUGUUGCCAUGGAGACGAACAACAACAUGACCUCCAUGUGACCGCACACGAGGUAGGCCUGGCCAGAAAGGAGCUCGGGACGCCAAGGUUUCCAACAUACAGCUUCUUUAUUCAACAAAAAGGUCUUUCUGUCCUUCUUCUUCCACGCCUCUCCUCUCUGCAUCUGGUCGUCUCUUAUAUACUCCAGGCCGACUGCAAUUAAGUGGCUUAAGCAGCCAUGCAGCAUGCUGGGAAGCGUAGUCUUUGGGCUGGUGGCCAUUUUGACAGGAUUCUUCAGCUCUGGUAAAAUAAUGUAACGGCCCUCCACUACCUGCCUCCGCAUGAUGUCAUAAUGUGUGUGCGGAAGGUUGAGAAGAGCAGACACUCGGGAUGUAAGCUGAGAAAGCGGUAAAAAGCCCAAAAAGCAGACCAGAGUAGCCAAUACAUGGAUUUGAGUGCAUGUGUCACUAUCAUGUGCAGCCUCUGCAAUGCCAAGCUUGCAUACUGCGGCAGCACGUCGGCCAUGAAUGAACACCUGAAGCUCUGUCACCCAGGUAUAAUUUUGGAAGACGACAGGAGACAACAAGCUGGCGGAUAGUAAGUCCAUAUAACGACAUUUUUUAUUGAAGACCGACAAUUAGGGGCUAAUGUCAGUAUGUCAGGGUAAUGUCGCUAAAUAAGCAGCUACGUAUUUACGUAGCACGUUGACGCCUCCGUUAAAAUCAACAAUAUUGAAAGCAUCUUGUGUUUUAGGAUCGGUUUUGCAAAUAAGGAAGUCCUUAUUAUUUUGCUUAAUUUCCAUUAAAUUAAAAUCAAUAAAAUAAUUUAUACUAAUGCUUCAUUGUAGCUCCCAGCUAAGGUACAUUUAUGUAAAGUGCGUAGCAGCUCACAGCUACAUUACCCUUACGUAAUAAUGCGACAUUUUUUUUCUCGUAGCAAUAGUACAACUUAAAUCUCGUAGUCCUUUUUUUUAUAUGUAUAUAUUUGCCCAUAGUACUCCGUUGUAGUGUCGUAUCAACGAGCCUCAUUAAAGGGGAAGCUCAGAAUUUUUUACAUUAGGCUUAAUCUUCGAGUUCGCGGGGUUUAAUUAGUCGGUGGAGUUGAUUUCACCAAAUUCCGUGCAGUUAGUUAGUUAUUUAUUAGUUUCAGGGCUCCGGAGUGGCUAAGCUACAGCAAGUCCAUUGGCCCGUCCUAGCAUGCCAAUAAAAAACAACAUAUACAUGCAUGAAAAUCACCGAUGACCCAUGCAGUCAAUAGUGAUGGCUAUGUUUUCACGAUGAAGUUAUUAAAAUUUACCAUUACAUGUCAACAACUGUGGUAUGAACAGCAACAUUUGUAAUCCAGCAGCUCUGUAGGUAACAGGUUGCACAGCUGAGUGAUAUAUUUUUUCCACCAGUGUAUUUGUGUAGUAGCCAGCAGCAAGUAUCCACAGUUUGUAUUGUUCCUCGUUCUUCACAGGGAUUUGUGGAACCUUUCAUUUGCCCAUUUCUUCUGUCUGUUUCUACAGCCUCUAAAUGAACGUUUCACUAUGUUGCCGUUCUUCAGUCAAGACCGUAGACUGAUGCUGUAUUGGAGGAAGGUGGUUUUCCAACCUCCGACCCGAAAAAAUAUAAUUGGAUUGCCACUCGAACUGGGAGGCCCUAGUUGCGGUGUCAGAAAAAUAAGUACCCCGACUUUACAAGUUGCUUCAAUCAGACGUCACUCGACAAACUGCGCUGCCCGUCGAUAAGCAGACCGUCAAUAGUAAAACUAAAGAAGGCAGUUUACAGUGUGGCCUAUUAACCUUAGCCAUAGACUUCACUGGACACCCCUGCCAUGCAUACUCCCCCUUUUUGCCACAUUGCCCCAAGGCCUUGGCCAAUUGGGCUUGGGAUGCAAGCUCAAGGCUGAUCAUCCUGCAGCUGGCCACCUCUGGAGAGGGUGUAUAGUGUGAAAGGUCGAAACACUCCAUGACCCAGUGGAACACUACUGAUGAUGUGUACCCACAAAUUAAUUCCCUUAUGUUUACCACCAACAUUCAUCAAGAAGUUUUUUGCCUGUGCCCCCACAGGAAUUUUAACAUCCGGUUCUGUGUUUUCUGGAAACAUGACCUAUUGACUUGACACGGGAAACGGGGCGAAUUCAUAGGGGGCCUAUUUUCAAAAACUUAAAAUUGAAAUAUUUACAAAGUCAAAGCUGCUAAUGACCUAAAACCAAAACAGUCUCCAUGAGCAGCGGCAUCAAAAAAUUCAAAGUCGUUCCCUUAUAAAAUCCCGAUUAAUUUUUUUUUUUUAUAUAAGUAUAACACAACUUAAAAUGGCUAUAAAAGUCUCAGAUUUUACACUAGAUGCACAAAAAUCACCAAAUGCAGAGAUAAUCACCUAUGUUUUCAGGAUCAAUAGCAAUAUUUAACAUAUCAUAUACGUUUUUGACCAAAAUAGCAACUUUUUAAAAAUUUAUUUACUGCAAGUUUUCAACAGCUAAUAAAUGACUCAAUUGACAUUAGAAACGUAAUACUUGCAGAACAUACUUGCAAAACAUGCAGAAUCAAUAACAAAUAAUAUGUAAAUAGAUUAUAAAUAAAUUUGAUAUACAAUCACAACUUAUUAUAGAAUAGAAUAGCCCUUUAUUAUCAUUAUACACUAUAUACUGUUUGCGAAAGAGGCUAAUGGCCGCCUGGCAUAACAGGAGCUUUUCUGGGAAAAAUUCUUGUGAAUAAAUGCUUAAAUCCCCGAAUUCUUCAUAGAUAUGGACGUAAAACAGUUUCGAUUCUUGGUUAAAAGCAAAGAAACCAUGCAGUUAGCGUUUAUUUUACGUACAUUGACGGAGUACAAUAAUAUCGGCAAAUACGGUAUUGUAUCGUUGUCCAAAGAAUCGAUAUCGAAUCAUAUCAUCAUUAAAUUGGUGAUUUAAACACCCAAUGUGCAAAUUUUUCUAUCAGCCUUUAAUGAGGCUUUGCUUUCUGGUAGCGUGAAUAAUAAAUCCUCAGAAAAAGGCUACUCCUUUUAUGAUUGCAAAACUGAACGCUCAUGAGCUCCCCAGGAAUCUUUUAGCAGGAAAGCUCCCCACAAUGAAAUGUUGUCGUGGCCGUUAGGGCUUGUUCCUCUUUUUCGCUCUCAUAAAUCACUUCAGUCUGGAGAGGGAACUGAGGGAGGGGGUUGUCUUCCUUCCUUUCACCAUCUGUUCUUAUUUGUUUUCGAUUUUCAACGCCCCCGAAAAUGUAAAAUACAAAUUAUAUACAAUAGUCUGUCACUUUGCAUUUAGCCUCUUGUAACAGAACAGCAAGUUGGCAUUUCUGUGAACAAGUAUUUAUUCUGUGCACACUAUACAAAUAUCCAUCUAUCUCUUCAGGGUCAGCGUGUGCUGGAACCUAGUCAGGUGACUGUACCACUACACCAUCAGCGGUUGGUUUUCCAGGUUGAGGCCACUGAUACUUCUUUUCCGUUCAUCUCUUUUAGCUGAUUUUUACUUACUGACUUUCUACUGAUGUAGUUUUUCAUUUAGGUUGAUCAGCAUCUCUGUUGAUAGCACGGUGCAGUACCUGCAACCUACAGAGGUUGCACAAGUUGUCAAUCUCUUCAAGAUGGCACAUCAAUGCAUGCCGUUGCAUGAAGGUUUGCUGUGUCUUCAAGCACAGUGUUAAGUGCAUGGAGGAGAUUCCAGGAGACAAGUAGCUACGGUAUCUGCUCCUUUGUGCAAGGAGAAAUGGCCUCCAACAAGCCACUGUUGUGAAUGUUUCUGACCUAGCAAUCAGAAACAGAGUUCAUUUGGGUGGCCUGAGUGCCCAGCGUCUUGUAAUGGGCCCUUGUAAUAUCUUGAUAACAAUAAAUGAUGAUCAAAUCGACCAUGCGGACUUGUAGAAUUUGAAAAUCUGAAUGAAUGCAUGAAAUACAAAUUAAGCAUUUCGCUAAUUGAUUCAUUUACCAGCUUUCAAUUUAACAUAGUUAACAAUUGUGCAUUCAGUGUAAAUGUUAAGUAUCUAAAAAUCUCUUGUCAACGAUAAACAUUCAAGUAUAAACACUUAAAACGGCUUGUAUGGCUUGAACGAUGUACAACAUUGUAAAUAUUGCGAUGGCCACUGUGCAAAAAUGUCAUUGCAACACAAAUUACUUACAGCAAGAGGGGCUUCAUAGGACCGAGUAUCAGACAUCUUAUUGUUAAAGACUGCUGUGACAUGAUCACUCAACAGUGUUUAAUGCAAGUUCCUACUGCGAAAAACUAGCAUGUUAACCAUUUCGUUUGAUUUUUUUUUUUUUUUUUUUUUUUUUUUUUUUUUUUUAAGAGCAUUUCUGAAAUGCAAACACACAUUAAGCUAUACUGCUCUAACUCGUAUCGUAUGCCAAUGAAACAUUUAAGAUUUUAGGAUGGCAGUAAUGGCACAGAAUAAAACAAGCACAUACAGAAUAAUAGCUGUGGCCAUUAAAUGGUCGUAUUAAAGGCUACACUUUUGGAUUAUACUUUAUGCUGAAUGCUGAACUAAUCCACUGUAAAUAGUAUGCUCACUUAAAGGACUGCAUUUGUUUAGAUUUUAUUUAGAAUAAUUCAGUAAUUUUGUUUUAUUUUUAAAAUGUAUUUUUUACUUAACAUUGUACUUAUGUUCCUUAUGUCCCCCCACCCCCCAUUUACAGUUUUCGAACUGCUUUUGAACUACCGGUAAUUUUUUUGAGCAGCGUACAUGUAGUAAUUAUCUUGACAGACCUAUGGUAUCACAUCUCAAGAUUGCAAUCUCAUCUCUGUCUUGCCGUGAGAGAUUGUCCAAGCGUCCCUGUCAAAUUCGAAAAUGACUGCUCAAAUAUUCUCUGUUGUGCUCCUCAAAAAAUGCGUCUUUUUUACCUUUUCACACGUCAAACACUGCAAAGAUUGUUAUCCUAUUCAGUAUAGCACACAACCAUUGGCAAUCAAAGGUGCUAUCACACAUUGAGCCAAACUAAAUGUUUCUGUUCGGCUUCCUCGACUCACAUUCCUUGCUCGCAGGUCUUCCUUAAUGUGCCACUCCUCAAACUAAAACAUGUUUUUUAAUUUUUUUUUUUUUACUUUGUCUCUUAUGUCCACUAAUGCUAUAGCUAUUACAAAAUUUAGAAAAUAUUCCAUUAAUGCUCAAAAGCUAUCAAUAACAAUGACAGCAGUACAUCAAUAUUAACCUUGUGCAAUGAAUACAUUUGUGGAUGUGAAACAGCAGCGUUAAAUGUAUGAAUUGCUGCUUUUCGUGUAUAUAUUAUAACGUAUAUUGCAGAGGUCAUGCUGCAGUUCAUUUACUUCUGCUUGUGCUAAAUUCACAAGGUGGAGGUGAGCCCACCACCGCCUGAAAGCUUGUCAGAAAAUGACAGUGGCGUGGAGUUGACGAAUGAGAGCAGCCCACUGGCAGCGGCCGAGCCACCAUCACCUUUCAGCCCUAAACAGAAUGGGGAUGCCGCGUCACCUCGAGAUGGUAACUUGUGUCUGGAAGAAAGGGCCAGGACCAGGAAGCGGCCCGGGGGCCAGGACAAGGCCUGGGACCCGUAUAGUAAAGUAUGGGUGACAAGUCUCAGCUGGCUUUAAGGCCACGGCCGCGCACCCGAACCAUUUUCCAGGCCAAUCUGAAGCCUCACGCAAAACCUCGCAGACAGACACGCAAACAUCAGCCUGCUGCUACCAUGUAUGGCGGAACUUCUCUGGCGGUCUCGUCCAACGGAGUUCCUGAGGCUCCUUGUCUGGAGCUGCUCGAGCACGAUUCCAAAGACUCGGCCCAAAGCAGUGGCACCAUUGUGUCCAGUUGCGAUGCCCAUGUCGAAUACAACGACAAAAAGGGCUUCAGCGUGGGUGAGCUGGUGUGGGGAAAGAUCAAGGGCUUUUCCUGGUGGCCUGGCAUGGUUGUGACCUGGCGGGCUACCGGGAAACGGCAGGCAAGCCAUGGCAUGAGGUGGCUGCAGUGGUUCGGGGACGGGAAGUUCUCGGAGGUAUCUGCUGACAAAAUGGAUUCCAUCACGGCAUUUGCGAAGUUUUUCAGUCAGGCGUCAUACACCAAACUGGCGUCGUACCGCAGGGCCAUCUUCCAAGUUCUGGAGAUGGCCAGCAUCCGGGCAGAAAAGGAGUUCCCUCCCUGUGAGUCCGACAACCCCGAUGAGCAAGUAAAGCCCAUGCUGGACUGGGCACAAGGAGGCUUCCUGCCCAAAGGCCAAGAGGGACUCAAACCCAAAGGUGGCACCGACGGUGCCUUGCUUGAACUGCAAGCCCUAGAAGUGUCGCUGCCUGAAUAUCCACCAAGUGCCAAGCAGCCCAGAUUAAGUCUAAGCAAGAAUAAGGUUGGCCCUGAGGAAUCAUACAGCAGAGAACAAAUGGUCAAUGAAGUCCUGAAGAAUAACAGAAGUAUAGAAGAGUUCUGUCUCUCAUGUGGCAAGAUGGGGGCAGCAACUUUCCACCCACUUUUUGAAGGAGGCCUGUGCCAGACCUGCAAGGACGUGUAUUUGGAGACAUCCUACAUGUAUGACGAUGACGGCUACCAGUCCUACUGCACAGUCUGCUGCGGCGGCCGUGAGGUUCUGCUGUGCGGAAACGCCAACUGCUGCAGGUGUUUCUGUGUGGACUGUCUGGACAUCCUUGUGUGCCGUGGAGCAUCAAACAAUGCACGCUUCCUGGACCCUUGGCGCUGCUACAUGUGCCAGCCACUGCUUACAAACGGUGCCCUGAAGCGCCGUCAUGAUUGGAGUGUCAAACUGCAGGAGUUCUUUGCCAAUGACAAUGGACAGGAGUUUGAAACACCAAAGAUUUACCCGGCAAUCCCAGCAGAGCAAAGGCAACCAGUCCGAGUCCUCUCACUGUUCGACGGCAUCGCCACGGGCUACCUAGUCCUAAGAGAACUGGGUUUUAAGGUGGAUCAGUAUGUGGCGUCUGAGGUGUGUGAGGAUUCCAUCUCUGUUGGCGUGGUCCGACAUGAAGGAAAGAUCCAAUAUGUCCAUGAUGUGCGCAACAUUACCAGGAAAAAUAUUCAGGAAUGGGGUCCAUUUGAUCUAGUGAUUGGAGGAAGUCCAUGCAAUGACCUGUCCAUUGUCAACCCAGCCAGGAAGGGACUCUUUGAGGGCACAGGAAGGUUGUUCUUCGAAUUUUACCGUCUACUCAGCGAGGCAAAGCCAAAAGAAGGAGAGAAUCGUCCAUUUUUCUGGAUGUUCGAGAAUGUUGUCGCCAUGGGUGUAAACGACAAGAGGGACAUCUCACGAUAUCUGGAGUGUAACCCUGUGAUGAUUGAUGCCAUCGAAGUCUCUGCAGCCCACCGGGCUCGAUACUUUUGGGGAAACCUGCCGGGUAUGAACAGACCUCUAUGUGCUUCCGGGAUGGACAAGCUUGAACUGCAAGACUGUCUAGAACAUGGACGAGUUGCAAAGUUCGGGAAGGUGCGCACCAUCACUACUCGUUCCAACUCCAUCAAACAGGGGAAAGACCAGCACUUCCCGGUUUUGAUGAAUGGAAAGGAAGACAUUUUAUGGUGCACUGAGCUUGAGAGGAUCUUCGGCUUCCCAGUCCACUACACAGACGUGUCUAACAUGGGAAGAGGUGCUCGGCAGAGACUUCUAGGCCGGUCCUGGAGCGUUCCUGUCAUAAGACAUCUUUUUGCACCUCUCAAAGACUUCUUUGCCUGCGAUUAGAUGCCAACUCUCACCAUCUAAAAGACCCAACUUAUGACCUGCAAAUGGACACCAACUUGACAAACACAUUAUACCUUGUCAUCAUCAAAUCAAGGCUUCAACAACUAAACAGGCAAUCUCAAAUCAGGAAACAGACAUUGUACUGUAACACAACAUAACCAGUUACCAGCAAAUGCAGUAUACAGUGGGGAGAACAAGUAUUUGAUACACUGCCAAUGGGUUUUCCCAUUGGCAGUGUAUCAAAUACUUGUUCUCCCCACUGUAUACACUGUCACCAACAUUCUAUAUUUUUGCAAUGACCAGCCAAUAGACAGUGCCUCUUACUAGGACAGAUAGCACUUGUAACCAGCAAAUGCAUACAGUUAUCAACAAAUACUCUGACACCAAAAAAGUCAAGCACACACCCAGAAAACUGUGACACCUAUCAUAUUGGUUAGAGAUUUCUCAUCAUAAAACAGCUGGAGAUGCUACUGAUGGUCUUGUCCCUGCUUUGGCCAGUUUGCCAUUGUUUCAUGUUUUAUAGUUGAUAGUAAGAAUAUAGAAGGAGGAUUUUGCAAGAGCUUUGUAGAAUACACUGAUUGCGACUGGAAGAUGGCGAGUUUGAGGUUUCGUAAUAUUUUAUUACUACUUUGGCUGUUCCUUAUGCUAUACUUUUGUUGUAGUAGCUUGGAUAAGACAUGUUGACAGUUUUUAUUAACUGCAGAAGUCUUAAUGGUUGGACAUUUUGGGGGGUAUACUAUUAUCAUGUUUAACAGUUAGUGCGUCUCCCCCAAAGUUCCAGGUGUGAUAAAAAUACUUGAAACAAGCCAAUGCAAACAAAAUAACAAAAUCCAAGGGGCUAUUUUUUGUGUUUUCUAUUUUUUUCUAGAAGUCUUAACUGUUAAGAAGUAUCUUGAAGCGAUCGUCUGUUUACGUUAACGUGCAGUAUUUUGCACCAAGUAGCACUAAUAACCUAAAAUGUUUGUGCUUAAUCUUUUAUUACUUAUAUUACUACUUUCAUAUUUUCAAUUGUCAUCACUGAUUUUUUUUUUUUUUUUUUUUUUGUGGCUGUCACCAAAGGUUAACGUGCAUUACCUCAAAGAAACCUUUGGUUUCUAUUGUGUUUAAUCACUGGAACUGUAGAACAUUGUUUUUGCGAUCAUAGAACAGGUUUGUUCUUUGUGUGCUUUUUCUCAUGUCAUCAAGGGACCAUAAGAACUGUUUACAUGUUUCAUUAAUGUACCUCUUGUGUGUUCCUACCUGCUCUGUUUUUAUGGGUUCUUGUUUUUAAGUACUGACGUCAGUUUUAGAGCAUAUUAAUCCAUAUAGGUAUCAUAGCUUUUAGAUUCUGAUUGUUGAUUGUUUGAUUCAUGUAAAAGAAAAAGAUUUUUGCAUUUUUAUAACUUCAUUGUAAGAUGUAAAACAAGUUAUUUUUUAUAUGUUGUGUUUAUACUUAAUAAAAGGUGGCUUUGUAGCUGU